GCCGCGCCUAUUAGGGCUCGAGUUGGGGUGGGGAUGAGAAAGGGGUGGGUAAGGGUGCUGCACUAGGUGCGUAUCGGAUCUCCUCGCGCUAAGGACAGGAAUGCGGAUAGAUGUCGCGUGGCCGUGGGAGUUGGCCCUGAGAUAGACUUCGCGGGGAACUGUGUGGAUGCGCGCGCCGCGGUCGCUGGGACGGAGAGUGGGAGGGGGUGGAGCUAACGUGGGAGAAGCGCGCGCGCGCGUGGACUCUCCUCGCUCACCGGCCCAUCCCCCCAGGCUUGUCAGUGUCUGAUUCCCGGGGGGAAAGGGGGAGAGGCUGGAGACUGGUCUUGUCUAGCGUAAGGACCCUGGCCCAGGGCCAUGGAGUCCGUAGCAGUGACCAAUGCAGCGUUGGAGCCCGGGGAAGGGGAGGUGACGUCUGGCCUGGAGGCUUUGGCUGUGGAGGACCCCGCCGGGGCCCCUUCCCGGACUGACCCAACUCAGGAGGCAGAGGAGGAGGAAAGGGAAAGAGCCAGAGAAGAAGUCCAGGUGGAGGUGGAAGGGGAGGAGCCUGCCCUCGAAGAGGCACAGGUAGAACCAGCAGGUACAUCCGAGGAGGAGGAAGAAGACGAAGAAAAUGAAGGGAAAAAAGACUGGUGUGUGCCUUGCAGUGACGAAGAGCUAGAGUUACCCCAGGAUGGAGAGCCCUGGAUGCCACCCCCUGCUGAAAUUCGAAAACUCUAUGAGCUGCUGGCCAGCCAUGGGACUCUGGAGCUCCAGGCGGAGAUCCUACCCCGCAGACCUCCCACGCCCGAGGUCCAGAGUGAAGAGGAGAAAUCCGAUGAAGAGCCUGAGGCGGAGGAGGAGGAAGAGGAAAAACCUCAUGUACCCACAGAGUUUGACUUUGAUGAUGAGCCGAUGACGCCCAAGAAUUCCCUGAUUGACAGAAGACGUACCCCAGGGAGCUCGGCCCGGAGUCAGAAGCGCGAGGCCCGCCUCGAUAAGGUUCUCUCCGACAUGAAGCGGCACAAGAAGCUGGAAGAGCAGAUCCUCAGGACGGGCCGAGAUCUCUUCAGCCUAGACUCAGAAGACCCCUCGCCUUCGAGCACUCCCGUCCGACCGACCGGAGGAGGGCUCUUCUUGAGACAGAGGAAAUAUUGACGGACCAGGAGGCUCCCCUCCGAAGCCCCCCAGAACGCGAGCGCGCUUGGUACGAGGCCGGCUGGCUAAGGAGCUAGCGCCCAGAGGAAAGCAGUGUGGUGGAGCCGAGCGCGUUUCGCCGGUUGUGUCUUUGUAACCGCGCAGUUACGUCCUAGGUUUUUUAUACCAAUAGUUAGUAUCUAAAUAAAGACUGUGCAGCUUUGCCUCGGCA